AUGACGGCACGAAUCCCUUUGAAAGGCCUUAGAUGUGGUUCAGCAAGUGCAAAGUUUCUGGAAGACUUUCUCCCAUUUCUGCGAGAGUGGGAAGAGCAUGCUGCCAAGCACGAGCCUUCUGAUGUGCCCGAACAAAAGGGAGCUCGUGUAACAGCCCUUGUUGAUAGCCUUCUGGAUGAAGGAAACCUGCCGCAUGCUGAAGAAGUGCUGGAAAGGCAUGCCUCCCUGCUUGACCAUGAUGGCAUGGUAGAAGAAAAGAGCGAUAGCCGGCUAAUUUUCUAUAUAGCUGGCUAUGUUGUGCGCAAAUCUCUGAAAAAAUUUCCAUGCCCUGAUUGUGCAUAUUGUCUCUGCAUUAUGCCUCUGCAAGCAGAAUCGAACUGCAAUGCCACACUGACGAAUCAGUUCAACCAUCGGGGCCUGCUCUACCCAUCAGACGCUCUUGAAAAGCUCAUCACAAAGCUUGAAAAUGCUUUCAUUGUGUUUUUCAGCCGGAACAAGCUUCAUGCCGAAAGCUUGUUCUCAACUGCACCUGGUUCCUCGUCUAUGGUGUCUUCGAAGGAGUACCGCUCGCUGGUGCUGGUACAAGGUAAAUGGCAUCACUGCCGGAAGUUCUCUUAUGCUACCAAGGAAAUGGCGAAAAUGAUGGCGCACUUUCACACGCACACAGGCGAGCCCUUCCAGUGCCACUUGUGUCCUGCUGUAUUAGCUCAGAAAGACGGUCUGAAGCAGCACCUACGCACCCACACCGGGGAGCGUUCCUUUUCCUGUGCCCACUGUAGUGCGUCCUUCUUACAGAGGAACGCCCUCAAGGAACACUUGUACGUUCACACCGGAGAGCGUCCAUUUUCCUGUGUCCACUGCGAUGCAGCCUUUUUGAGGAAAGGCAACCUCAACAGGCACAUCAUUUAUUAUCAUAAAAACAAGGCCUAA